GUCGCAAACAAAUUGUUUUUUUCGCAGUUUCUUCAGGAUCGUUCGUGUUUUAAGUUUGAAAAAAAUUCCCGUAUUUUCCAAAUCUCAUGAUUUCGCAGUUUUUGAGUAGUUUUCAUUGCGAUCACUCAAUUUCCCAAAAAAAGAAUUUGAAUUUUCUGCAUCUUGUGUUUUUUAAGGCACAAGACAAUUCAAAAUGGUUCGACCGUCACAUCCAAAAUUAAUGGCCAAAGUUUUGGACGCUGUUGCCAUUCUCAGCGAAUCAAAAGGAUCAUCAAUACGCGAUAUUCUUCAGAUUGUGAAAAAAGGCUCCAGCGGUCCCAAUAGGAAUCUCACAAUGCAGGUUCAACGUGCUUUGAAACAUGCUGUGACUGCAGGUAUUCUGCGACAUCGAAAUGGUCGUUAUAAAAAUGCAAUUGCACUUUCAAAAAUCACUCAUCCUUCAAAUAAACGACGAUUUGAAGAUGAUUACAAAGUCGUUGAUGAUAUGUCAGUUGUUGAUGAAUCCAAAAAAACCGCAGUGGAUCCACUUAGUUCCAUUCACGAUCGUGGAAAGCCAUGUGGUUGUAGUCGGGCUAAAAAGAGGCGAGGAAGUCGCAGUAGAAAGGGAAGCCGCAGAAGGAGGAAGGGAAGUCGUCGACGAGGACGAAGGAGGGGUGACAAUGAAGAAUAUCAAGAAAUGGCUCCCGAGAAUAAUAACAACAACAACAAUAAUAAUAAUAAUAAAAAAUCUUCAAUAAAACAAUCAAAAGUUCGCGACGAUGAUCGUCCUCAUAAACGAAUUAUUGAUAAAUAUUCAGAAAUUUCGGGCAGCGAACACGAGAGUCGUCUUCGAAAUCGAAAAUCAAAACCCGACAAUGGUUUGAGAAGAUCGAACUCGAGGCACGAUCAGAGAAAAGAAUUGUCUGAUAAAACAAAAAGACGUUCACAAUCACGUCAUCGAAGUCAAACGAGAAAUGAUGCACCAAUUGAAGAUUUUGACAAUCAAAAUGCAAUGGACUGCGAUGAUGAUGCCAAUGAGAAUGAUAAUUCUGGACGUGAUGCUAAUAAUUGUGAUACCAAAAACUGCGGAAGCGAAAGUAGUCUUUGAAAAAAAAAAAAAAAUUAAAAAUAAUGUCUCGUAAUUUUUCUGAGAUAGAAUGAGAAAAAAAAAUUUUUUCUUUCUCAAUUUCUGUACCGUACAGUGGAGAAAAAAAAAGAGUGAACGUAAUUUUCUACUAUUCUCGCAUUGAAAUUUAAAAAAAAAAAUUUGUUUCUGUUAAUUGGUAUUGUAAAUUUUCGAGUAUAAAAAUGGAUAAAUUAUU